UACAAUCUGUGCGUGCGUCGCUUCGCGCUCCAUCGCUCACGUCCGCGAGUGUCAUAAAAGAAAAUAUUAAAAAACCAAACAUUUAUUGUGUGAAAUAGGUAAUAAUUGUUAACUAUAGUGGUUUUUGUUGAGUUAACCAUUGAAUGGAAUUACGUCUUCGCUCCGAAGACGCUGUAACUCCAAUAAAAAGAAGUCGCGUACCGUGCCCCAUGGAUCUAAGCUAAGCCUAACUAGUAUAAGCAAAAUGUCUCACCACCUGGUCACAGUCUGUAUGUUCUGUCUCCUCUGUGCGGCUCACACAUGUGGGGCUCACGUCGAAACAAAAGACGUACACAGUGCACAGACAUACGAACCGACACUAGAAUACAAUGUACCCUUAGACUUGUCAGAGAAACGGAAACUAGAACACCUAGAGCGGUACAACCAUAAACUACAGAAGAUCAGACAACCUCGCCCGAGGAGACACCUAGACGAUGUGUCAGACACGUACAUUGGAGAGAUUAUGAAGGAAUACGGGACGGGAGAUACGAUGAAUUUGACAGGGUUCAAUAAUAUGCUCAAUGUGUUGGAGCUUUCCAAGCUGGUGCAGGGCAGGGUUGAGACUAAGGAGGGGCCGAAUCAAAGGAACUCUGUUUAUUGUUUAAACAGUUCGGAUCUCAUAACAGCCGUCAACAAGGGCCUGUACACAGACGACCACGAUCACAACGAGCACACACACACUGACCCGACUCACGACCACGACGUGCUCAUAACAGAGGACACCCUCCGGGCCGUCUGUCCAGUCCUCCUUUACCAGAAACUAGGGAAACCGGACGAGAAACGAGACUGCGUCAUACACAACAAAGUCACAAACACACAAAACAUGAAAAGUCUCGAAAGCGUGAAAAAGACAGAUAAAAAAGACGACACGAAUAAAAACAUGUUCGCCGUCUGGCUAUACUCCUUCCUUAGCAUAACUGCCAUCAGCGCUUGUGGUCUUUUAGGAGUAGCUGUAAUCCCUAUUAUGCAUAAAACUUAUUACAACCAUCUUCUACAGUUCCUAGUAGCGUUGGCAGUUGGUACUCUCUGUGGUGACGCCCUGUUACAUCUAAUGCCUCAUGCGAUGAGUCCGCAUGAGCAUGAUCAUAGUCACGGCACUGAAGUGUCAACCACAUCAUCACAUAACGAUGGCAUGUGGAAAGGACUCGCCGCUAUGUUAGGCGUCGUCUUCUUCUAUUUCACUGAAAAGGGGCUGACUGUUGUCGUCGAAUGGAGGAAAAGGCGUCAAAAGCUCGAGGAAGACAAACUCCCCUCAAGAGUCCGAGUUUUGAAAGACGAGACGGUCGGAGGUUGCUCGGGCGGUGCUAAAGCCCCAAUUACCAACUCCACUACCAACUCAUUCAUGAAAAUCUUUAAGAAAGAUGAAAAGAAUGAUCCUACAACUAAAACUUGCAAGCACAAGUACUCAGAAUAUCCUUAUUGCUACGAUGAAAUCGACACAGAUACGCAUGACGAUCAUCAUUUGAGAGACGGUCAGAUCCCGCCGAGCCCUAAAGCGAAGCAGAACAACUCUGUGAGUGUUGUAUCUUCGAACGCGCUGAAUUCUGAGAGUAAAGAAGAGCCGACGGCGAAGGAUUGGCUGCUGAAGGCUGAACCGGCGUCGGUUGUGGAGAUGAACAAUAUUAAACAUAAGGAGGAUGGUGCUAAGGAUCUCAAAGAUGGAGACAGUUAUACUGUUAUAUUGAGGGAACAUUCCCGGGCCCACCACGGGCAUUCCCACGCCCACGGCCACGUGCAUGCCCCUCCAUCCAGCAUGUCUUCAGUGGCCUGGAUGGUCAUUAUGGGCGAUGGCCUUCAUAACUUCACAGACGGCAUGGCUAUAGGUGCUGCUUUCGCGUCUAACAUCGCUGGUGGCUUCUCCACGGCUAUUGCCGUCUUGUGCCACGAAUUACCGCACGAAUUAGGUGACUUCGCAGUCCUCCUAAAAGCGGGCAUGUCCGUCAAACGAGCCGUGUGCUAUAACGUGCUGUCCUCAGCAUUAUGUCUCGGCGGUAUGGUUUGCGGCGUUCUAGCGGGUCACGCGCCGAACGCUACCCGUUGGCUGUUCGCGGCUGCCGCUGGCAUGUUCCUAUACAUCGCUCUUGUGGAUAUGAUGCCCGAGCUGAGCACAUCUCACAGCAAGGAGGGCACGCUCUGCCAGUGCCUCCUCCAACUGAUGGGCCUUGCCACUGGCAUAGGCAUCAUGCUUGUCAUCGCCUUGUAUGAGGAAGACUUAAAGACGCUGUUUGGCUAGUGCUUGUGACUCGGCUAAAAUGUAAACAGUGCUUGGAAACAGUGAAAAUGUGAAACAGCGAUGUGUGUUGCAAGUGAAUCCAGUGACUUAGUUAUAAGUUUUGUUUUCGCAUACUGUUCGGAGUGGACUUCCUGUAAGGGUGAGUUUCCUAAAACUCUUGAUUUUCUUGUAGCUACACGAAAGUUUAAUCCCCUUAUUCAAAACUAAAGUUAUCAAGCCGAUAAUUGUUUGUUCCUGGCACACCUCAGACACUGGCGAUCAAAUAUAUGAAAGAGGCGCGUUCCUAAGCACACAGUCUAAGCUCGUGUAGGUGAACGCGUACUAUGCUUGUAUAAGUGAAAUAUGGCAGGUCGACUGUUCGCGUUUUUGACAGGCAGUAACUUUUUAGUUAACUUUGGUAAAGUAGGUAAAACUGUCAAGAGGGGGUGGGCGGCACUUUCAGCAGGGAGGGGUAGUAGCCAUACUGUACGAUAGUACUCUUUAUUAUACUGUGGUAUUGGUGUGAUAGAAAGGGACAAACGAACUUUAUCGGCUUGAUAACUUCAGUGAAGGUUUUGAAUAAGAGGGUAAUAAUUACUACGAAAGCUCUGGUGUAUCUUUAAAAGUGCUGCUAAUGUUAAGUAAAACUUAAAAAACAGACUAUUGAUUUAGUAUAAUACCACCUAGGUCUGUAAUGAUACAUUUUGCACAGCAUUGCCAAUUCAUACAAUUGUGUACUUAACUACAGCUUGUCUGUGACUUAAAUGUACUGGUAACCUCAUCAGAAUUAUGUGAAAUGUCUGUUGAUUCUCGUGUAUAAUAUUCAAUAUAUUCAUAUACUUACUUAUGAACGAAAUAAAGUUGUCAAUGUACAAUCAUACAAAAAUGGCAAUAAAUUUAAGAAUCAGUUUGAUUUUCUAUCAAAAAAUAUAAAAAAAUAUCAUAAAAGAUACAUAGAUGUGAUCAUAGGAAAGAUAUUCCUAAAUUCUUGGUACUUAAGCUAUUCAAAUAAAAGUUAGUAUGCUUUUUUAUGUACAUAAUAUCUUAUAUUCUACUGCAUAACCUUGCGAUCAGAAACGCUUAUAAAAUGGAAAAAAAUAACAUGUAUAUAAGGCAAUAUACAAUUUUACGAAAGUUGGUUUGAAUGGAAUGAACGAAAUGGUAUCUAUAAUACUGUCAAAGCGCACCAUUGUAUUGGUCAAUAUUAUUGACACAAAUAUUUUCAUUCAUUUGUUCUAUUGAUGUCAGCUUUUGUGAAUUGACUACCUUUUUAUGAAUGUAAAAAUAUAUUUAUUAAAAAAAAGAAAUAAUUAAAAAUACAUACGUUCAGAUCCACAGCGCAGGCUUCGUUAUAUUAUUUUUUAUGAAUAAAUUAUGAGAUAAAAUUGUGAUUUGUGUACUUUGAAGAAAACAACGCUCAAAUCGAAUACUAAACUGUUCCAAUACUUAAAAUAAGUAAAGUAACAGUAUGGAAAUAUGUCAUUUAUUUAUAUUUCUUCUACAGAUAUGAUUUUUUUUGUCAACUAUUAGUUGUGAAAUAAUAAUGUCAAUCUAGCUUACUAUAUCAUCGAAUGUGUCUAGUAUGUAAUGUUGUACAUAAUUAAUCGUAAUAAAUUGAAAGUGAAACUUUUAAUAUUACUUAACAGUCGCAUAUCUGUGAAAUACGUUGAAACAUGUCACUAUAUUUUAACCCUUUGCCUGCAUAUAGCUUUCAACUUGUCAAUUUGAUGGCAUACUAAAAUAAAGGGUUUAAAUCAUAUAAAUAAGUCUACACUAUUAAAUAAUUUGUGUAUAACUUUAAAAGUUCAACGUAUUAAAUAGUGAUGUGUCCAUACGCUUCUUACAAAAAAGUAUAAAAUAGGUAGAUUUUUUAUCUCAAAUUUGUCUAUGUAAUAUUGAAUGAGGAUUGAUAGGACCAAGCCGUAUUGACAGUGUCAUCAGUAUCUUAAUGGUAACUCUUAUUUUAUACAUAUUUAUGUCAAAUUGUUUUUUUUUCCAAUACUAUGUAGACUAAAGUUUACUGAACUUUUGUGACAAUAGCUCAAGCUCUAAUUAUUUUAAGUCUUUGUUUCUACUGUUAAAAAUGAUCGUAUUUCUUCAUAAAGUGUCAAUCAUAUUGAUGAAAACAAAUGAAAUCCUAUAAAUGUGGAUGGCAUUUUCUGCUGAGUUCUGUUUGUCAAGCAUUGUAUACGAAUAUUGUUAUAAUGUCAAUAAUAUCAGGAUUAAAAUUUAAACUCUGGAAGACCCUUGAGGGUUUUUGUAAUGACUACUGGUACUUAAUGAUUUAUUGUUUCUAUAAGUUUUUACUUAAAUAGUUUAAAUACGUGAAUAGAUUAAUAUGACGUUACAACUUUUUUAAUUACCAGUAUUAUUUAUUGAGUAAUUUAAACACUGAAACUCCAUAAAAGUUGAUUUACAAGUAUGAAUGUUCAAAAACGUUAUGUUGUGUUGUAGAUUACAAAAUCUGUGAAAAUAAGUGGUUCCUAACAAAAAAAGGAAAUUCCAAUUUCUCAAAAAAAUAAGCAUUUUACUUCGAAUUUUAUUGUAAUUUUAACUUUUAAUUUAAAUAAGCGAAUAGUUAUUUAAUGUUUAAUUUUAAGUGAUUUAAGUUUGCAAUCAUGUUGUGUCGAUGGUGCUGAGACCAUCAGUAUUAUUGUCAAUAUUUAUUGUAAAAUAGUUCAAUCUGGUUCCUAUCUCAUUUCAACGUAAUUUUUAUACUGUUGUAAAUAAUGUGCUUUUCACGUAACCUACCUUUCUUUUGACAAAUACUUUUUAGUGCCAAAAUUGUCAAUUUUAAUGUCAUUAUUUUUGAUUCCAGUGUAAGGUGGGUGACGUUGGAAGGAAUAUUGUCAAUAAUAUUGAUGUACUGUCAGUAAGGUUCGCCCGAGCGAUGUGUGAUAUCCGAGGACUUGAUGAUAGUUAUAUUGUAUUAUAAUAUGGUUAUUCGUA